AUGGCGCAACGAUUCGGCGCCUCAUCGCUUCACCAGCGCGACUCGCGCAGCGCGCUGUUCGAGGGAUACACUGGGGAUGCGGCCUCGCGGCGGCCCGUCAGCGCCAGCCCGAGCCGCGGGUACGGCUACGGCGGAUACGGGGCUCCUUCGCCAUCGCCUCUCGGGGCUGGAGGGUAUGAUGGCGGUGCGGCCGCGAGGGGUGGGUUUAGGUCUGCGACGCCGAACCGGAGGGGACAGUACAGCGACGCUGUGUUGAAUGAGCUGGAGAGUCAGAAUGAUGCGCAUGUGGAGGGUAUCCUCGGCAAGGUCAAGGUGUUGAAGGAUAUGACGGUCGCCAUCGGAGACGAGAUCCGCGAAUCCUCAGCCCUGGCCGAGAAGAUGAACGACACAUUCGACUCGACACGAGUCCGCCUCCGCGGCACCAUGAACCGAAUGCUCCUCAUGGCCGAGCGAACCGGUGUAGGCUGGAAGGUCUGGAUCGCCUUCUUUGCUGCCGUCAUCCUGCUCUUCACCUACGUGUGGCUCUUCUAA